AUGGAUUCACAUUUUCAUGCCAUCAACGUUCAUGAUAUUUCUGCCUUGAGCAGACUAAAAAGUUUUACAAAAAAAUAUGGCUGGAACUUGGACAGCGAUUUAUGUUUUUCUCCUUCGUCGACUGAAAAACAUUCUUUAUCAUUGUUGAACAGGAAAAACAACGUAAUUAGAGCACAUUAA